AGCUCGGGCCAUGUUAACUAUGGAGUCAAAUACGGCAGAAAACUCACUUCCAGGCGGCCAUUUGCUGAUCAUUGUUAGCAAACCCAACAACGACGAUCACAAAGAAUGCAUACUGAAGAAAGUAUCAAAAGGACUACUUUCCUGGGAUGUAAGCAAAACAGGCUGUAAUUUAGUUGGACUAAAAGAUGCAUUUAGUGAAGAACGCCAUACAGAAGAUGCAGAAGAUUUUUUAAUCCAAUAUUCAAAAGAAACACUGGUAGUGGAAGUGCUCUUGAAUCCAAAAGUUAUAGUUUUAAAACAGUGUUUGAAGAACCUGCUCUCAUCUUCAACUACAUAUAAACACAUCAUUCAUGCUGGUUACUCCUUCACUGGAUCUGGCUCCUGGAUUCUCCAAGAUGGUAUUUUUACUUUUAAGUUAUUCGCUGAAAUUUUUAACGAUCUAGGUGUUCAUCAAAUGAUUGCUAAGAGUCCUGAAUGUUCAGUACGUGUCCAUUGUACACCUGAGGGAGAUUGGUGUGAAAAAAAUGUUAUUGAAAAUCUGGCCUGUAUUUCAUUGAACCCUCCUGUUGUAACUUCUUUUCUUCCUGGUUACCAAGAGCUUCUAAAUUACCUGAAAAGACGUUUAAUAAGUCAGUCUCUAGAGGAAAUCAUGAAACCAUCCCCAGUCGUAGGGAACAUUCGUUUCAGUCGACCAUCAUUGUACGUUUUUCCUGGGGGUGAUGGAGACUGUGCUUUGUUUGGAAUCAGUGGUUUUAAUAUGUUAAUUAAUGGAGGCUUUGAGAGGAAACCGUGCUUCUGGGACUUUGUUCGGCACAUUGACAGGUUAGAUGCCAUGAUGAUUACGACGGUUAGCGAAAAUAAUCUAAAUGGAGUUACCUCCUUGAUUAAAAGGAAGCAAAAAGAACACGUUUUUCCACAUGUUGGUUAUGUUUUUUGUAACAUAACGGACUCAAGAGAUUCCCCUUGUGAUGAAGUCCCAAAAGAUGAAGAUGAACUUUUAGUCAGUCUUUUUGAAGAAGGUCAUGAGUUUUUAAAUAAUCUAUGGAAGCUGAAACUGAAGCCACAUCUUUGUUUCCGAGAGAAUGGUACUGACCCACUGACCUUAUAUCAUAAGAUGGGUCAUGGCACUUUGGAUAUGUAUGUUCUUAACCCAUCCAAAAACAGUAGAGAAGUGAAGGAUUUUUUUCAAUACUGGAGCUCAAAGAAGGAUAGCAUUUCAGGAGCGAAAGACAUUUUGAAGCUUUACAACGAAAUUGCAUUGCCUUUAUCAGAUUUGGUAUCAAUAUCGGUACUCCUGGUCUGGCGGCCUGCAAAGCCUACAGAUUUCUUUACCAGAAUCUUAGUUACUGGAAAUACGCCACAAACUAAGAUUUUUGAAGGAUUGCAGACAAUAAAAGAUCUUGAUAUGUUGCAACAGUUCGACUGCACUGAAUCUAUACUCCAGAAAAGACUUGCAGAUAUACCUGAAUUAACUGAAAAUGGUAAAAAGCCAGUUGCUAAAGUCUUUCCAAAGCUUAACAACUCUUCGCCACAGAAGAAAGUAAUUCAUAAAAGUCAGAUGGUAACUGCUAAAAAGGAUAAUCUAAUUGUAAAUAAACAUACAUCAGAGAGAAAAAUACCUGACUCUGUUAAAGUUUCAACAAAGAAAAAUAUCGAUUCCGAAAAACUAGAUACAAAGCUUAGAGGAAAAACAUCAGAAUCAAAUAAAGACAUUCUGUCAAAACCUGGAACAUCUACCAAUAGAGGAAAAGCAUCACAGGUUUCGAACAUUAAAAAUACCGUAAAACCCACACCUAAAUUUGGUAAAAAAACUAAAGGUGCUAAAGAUGUCAGUAACAAGAAAAUUGCAGAGAAAGAAAUUGUUGACAAAAAUGGAAAGAUUGAAACAAAGAUCAAAAGACCUGACAUCACAACAAAACUAUCGCAUGCUUCAAAAGAUACCAAUGAAAAAACAUCAAUAUCUUCGCCCAACCCCUCUGGAAAGUCACCUACUUCGAAAGUUGUAAAACAAACACAGCAAACUGGCAUGAGCGUCAGAAAAAAAGUAAAUGAUAAUCUGACAUCUGCCAGAACAGAUAAAAAUUCCAUAAUUUUAGAUAACACAGCGGAUAUAAGUUUGGACACUACAACGAAUAAAAAAGAUACUAAGGUUAUGCUUGAUAAUUCUGCAAGUUUCCAACAUGGAACCCAAGACAAUAAAUCAGAUGAAGAUGUUAUUAGCUAUUCUGAAAAAGCGCUGUUGCAACCAAGUGGUGAACAAGUUGAAGAGUACGAUGAUUCUUUAGACAGUGUAUCUGGAAAUGAUGUACCAUUGGAAGAAUUGGACGAAAAAACAAAUAUACAGGAACCGACAACAGGAUUUGAUCUUACUGAAGUGACUCAUUAUGGUGAAACAUUAUUUAGUAUAUCGGACAAAAACUUGGGAUAUAACGAAGAGAUCCAUGCAGGAAUGUCUUAUGACAAGAAACUUGGUAAAACAGAAAAACUUCAGCCAGUUAUUGGUUUGAAUAGCUCUGACAUGUUUCCCCUUUGCAAAGAAGAAAUGCAUGUUAUUCAGUCAGAAGCAGAAGCUUCACAGCAAGAACUUAUUGGAAACGUUCAAGAAAAACCUCAAUAUAUGCUGCAAACAGAAAAUAGUUGUCAACUCAUUAUUGAAGAUACUAUUGGCAUAACUAAUCAAACACCACUGUCCAUGGAUGAAAAAAUGUUUGUUUGUAACUCAGAUGCAUACCCUUUUCUUCAAGAGGGGAGUCCGCUUAGCGAAGAACAAAAAUCGACCUUUCCAAUAAGCAAUUUUAAUUUUCACUGUGAAGAAAAUAAGAACCAACGAAGUAGUAGCAACGUUUACUCGAACACAGAUAACUCUAAGCUUUCAGAAAACAAGGAUAAUCAGGUUGAGUUUGAUCAAAGAAAUACAGAAGACGAAAUUGUAGACUCGUUAGAGAUGUUGGUAGAAGAAAAAGCAAAAAAGGUUAAACAAGAAGGCAUAUUUCCAAGCGAUAAAAGCAUGGAGCUGCCAAAAGAUUAUACACACAUCCCAGGUAAUCAGCUGGGAGUUCAAUCUGAAACACAUACUUCAGACAGGGACUACUCAGCUUCAGAAACCUUAGAUGCUGUGAGUGAUGACAUUCUACCAGAAGAUGGUACUCCUGGUGGGGAAACUGAAAAAUCAUUUGACCAGUCUUUUGGGGAAGGUUUUACUGAUAGUAGCCGUGAAAACAACAUGGAGAUUAAGGAAGUUAUAAAUAUUGAUUCUGCUGAAAAUAAAAUGGUCUUAAAGGAAGAUGAAGUGGGUUUGACAAAUAUUAGUUUAAAUAAAAAUGACAAAAAAAUCCAAGAUAAAGAAUAUGAAAUGUCUGAUGAGGAUGAUGGAGAGAUAAUCCGGUAUCCAACCCCCCCAGAUGUUCAAGGUUUUUAUGAACACAUAGGAUCUACUUCUCGUUUGAAAGAAGAUCACAUUGAUGCAAAUUCUUAUAUUUUGCAGUAUGACAUUAGGACGCAUCCUUUUCAAAUUUGUGAGGACCUCACAGUACAGCCAUUAUAUGAAGAAUCUGAAGAAGAAGACUCUGAACGAUCAGCAAGUCCUGUUGUGGAAGAGCCAGUUUAUGGAAAUGCAAUGAAAGCAGACUACCCAGAAAUGGUCAAUAUUUCGGAAAGUUCAACGCCUUCUGAACCACAUUCUCCUCUAGAUUCCAAACAUCAAGUGUCAGAAGAAAAACAAAACAUAUAUCUAGUCGAUCAUCCUUUCCUCCUGAAAGGUACAGGAGAAUCUGUCAACGAUUCACCGGUAACAGAACUGGAACAUAAAGAAACUGAAAAAGCGGUUGAUUACUUACUUGAUUCUGGACAACAAAGUAUUGAUCAAACUUGUGAAAAUACAAACGUAGAAGAUUUAUGUUACCAAAAUGCUUCCAAUGAUAAGAACUUCGAUAGUAAAACAACAGACAUUGUUACACGGGACAUAAUCGAACAAAGCAGCAAGAGAGAUGAAGCUAAUUAUAAAGGAAGAGACUUUGUGCACGAACAGAGUAAACAUCCGUCGAUAUCCUGUUUUCAAGAAUCUUGCGAAGGAAGAUACAACCAAAAAGAGACAGAUCAAAUCGCUAAUAUCGACACUAUGCAGUAUUAUUCAAAUAAUAUGUGUGAGCAGCCAGCAUCUGGUGACAAAAAUGGUGUACUUGAAACAUUUUCCAAUAAUCCCUCGGAAGAAGACAAAAAGCUACCUAACGUUGGAGAGAAUAACAACCUGGCUUGUGACAAUUUUGGUGAUCCAAACAAAAGUCAAAUUUUAAGUGAAAGAUCAUAUGAUGUAAAAGGUAGGGAAGUGACGGACUUAGAUUCUUCAUCGGGCUUGUAUCCCUUAAAUAAAGAACAAACUUACAGAAAAAAAUUUGUUAGUUAUGGAUCAGGAACUAUUCCUAGUUACCAAUCGUUUUCAUCAUCAACAAUGAUUCAAGACCAAAAUAAUUAUGGUGAAAUUCAACUAUCUCAUGAUAUGACAAUUAAAGAACCCAUAAACUUCAUAAGGCCUGAUUGUUCCUCUCCUUCUUCCUCCUAUUUUUCUGAACAUGACAAUAAAUUUUAUGAUGGAGGACAAGCUUCUAAAAAUAAACACCCCAGAAGUAGCUGUUACUCAGAAGAGGAAGUUGGUAACCUAAAGGAUGGAGUUGCAUAUGCACCAGUUCUAAGCCAAUCAAAUGUCAGUGAUAGUCAGAAUCCAACGUUCAACGAAUUUCAGACACAAGAACUUAUGUCUUUGACCGAAGAGUCAGAAUCGAAUAUUCAUUUCAAGUCUUUGCAAUUGGACAUGAAGGGCGAAGAGUUUCAUUUGGAAAAGUGGGAUAAGCCAAUGGGUUUGCCAACACCACCAGAUUCUCAAAACAUUGCUAAGCGCAGUAAAAUGCCAUCUAAGACAGUUUCUAACGAGCCAUCAAAAACACCUGCUUCGAACCACAGUGUUAAGAAAGGAUUGCCUAACGGAAAGAACAUUCCAAGAAACUUUGUAAAAGUAUCAUCUUCUAGAACAGAGAAGACCAGUUUGGCAGGAAGAUCUAGAGACUUAGUUUCCAGUGGACUUUCACGCCCUCUUUAUGUUGAUUUAGCCUAUGUUCCAAAUCAUGGAGAUCCAAAUUAUUGUGACGAAGAAUUUUUCAAAAAAAUACGAGCGCGAUAUUAUGUGUUUAGUGGCAUCAGUCUAGCAAAAGAUACUCUCGAUGCUCUUUUAGAAGCCAAGAAAUAUUGGGAAGAUACAGACGCCGAAGUGACCAUUGUUCCAACUUAUGAAACCGAUGUUUUGGGUUAUUGGAUAGCUCUAAAUGGAGAAAUGUUAGCAGCCAAUAAAAUUGAAGUUGCUCCAUCGGCUAACAGAUGUAUAAUAAAUCUUCAAGAUCACGAGACUAGCUGCGCCGCCUACCGAAUAGAAUUCUAAAGACAAACAAAUUCAGUUUGUUUUCUGUUUCCGAGGGAAUUGUUAAUAGAAUAUUGAAUUGUUUUUUGGCAUUUAAAUAUGAAAGUAAAUCGAUAAGUAUAAGUUAACGGUAGGGACCGUUGAAAAAAUCGAGAACUUGGUUAGUUGACUCAUCGUAUUCUUCAAUUGGCGAAGUGAGAACGGUGAUUAAAAUAAUAUAUAUAUAUAUAUUUCAUAUAAGCCCCUGGUUACAAUUUGUCAUGUAACACUUUUUAUAAUGGUUAAUGAAUUUUUCAUUUUGUACGAUGUAGAUACAGUAUAAAAACGAAUGAUUAGGCAUAUUAAUACUUAGUUUUUUGAUUAACCCUUUAAUGCAUGGUGGAAAGAGAUAUUUUCUUUGAAAUUCUUACUUAAACAGGUCUACAUUACUCAAAAAUAUACGCUUUUUUUUUUUACAUGGGUACGUUACCUAGAAGUAACAUUGCUCAAUUGAGGAACCAAUUAAAAUCAUGCCAUGGUUUAUGUAGACUGUUACCUGGUGGUAAGAGCAUUCAUCGACAGAAUUGAAGUUUUUGUUUGUUUAUUUGUAAUUAAGCACAAAGCUACACAAUGGGCUAUCUGUGCUCUGCCCACCACGGGUAUCGAAACCCGGAUUCAAGCGUUGUAAGUCCGCAGACAUUCCGCUGUGCCACUGGGGGGCUGAAGUUUUUGUAUGUGUAACAAAGUUGUAUUUAUUACCUGUACGUUGCCAUGUGCAGCGGACGGUUAAUGAAAUUAUAAUUAUAUUAAAAUGUUGCAGUGAAAGGUUACACUAAGUUAACUUAUCACACAGGAAAAAGUUCCCAAGAAAUACCAAUAAAUCAACGUUCAAUUAUACUUGAUUUCAAUUUUCACAAAGUUUUUACAACAGAUAUUUUUCUGUUGGACUUUUAUCGAAUGUCUAACACAUAAAAUUCCCAAAACUUUGUAAGAUUAUGGAUCUGCUUUGGUUAUUGUUAAGUACAAAGCUACAAAAUAAGCUAUUGUGCUUUUCUCGCCUUUGUGCUUUUAGCGUUUUAAGUCUGCAGACUUACCGCUGAGCCACUGGUGGGUAUAUAAUUAUGAAUAAUAUGAUCAAGAUUUCAGUUUAAAAGAAAGACUUAAGUGAAGGGUGUUGUUAACAAUUUAAAUGGUAACAACAUUUAUAUGGCCAUAAAAAAUGGUUUGUGCAAUGUCACUUUCUCUAGAUUACUUUUUAAUGCUUCGUUUGUUUAAGCGUUGUACAUCGGCAAACGUACCUCUGACCAGUUGAAAUCUUAAAGCCAAUAUCAUCAGUAGAAUAUAUGAAAUUUUAGAAGUGAUCCAUACAAACCCAACGUUUUCGAUAAAUAUUAAUAAAUAAAUUAGCAGACAGAUUUUACGAGGUCAUCGUUAUAUGACUUCCUUUUGAACUUGGUUUGAUUGUUGUUAAGUGCAAAGCUACAUAAUAGACUAUCUGUGCUCUGCCCACCACGGGUAUCGAAACCCGAUAUUUAGCGUCAUGAUUUACUGCUGAGACACUGGGGGUUCUCCUUAAUUUGGUAGCGAAGUUCAAUAAUGACUGCUGGUGGGGUAGCAGUAAGUUUACGGCCUUAGAAAGCUAAAGUCCGGAGUUCGAUUCU